AUGUCUCUCGCCGCUCAACAAACAGGCACUCCUAACUGGGGGCGCUGGCAACAACAGCUUCCGGGUGACUAUGCAAUGAUGGAAUCUUCAGCCAUGCUUCCAUUUGACUCUCGCACCAACACCUCUGCUCCUCUACAACGACCCAUGAUGGCGCCUUAUAUGGUCCAAGGCUCUUACAGUUCCGGUCCCGUCAACAGCCUCACAGCACCUCACUAUCAAGUUCCAAACCCCUACCAGUUCGGAGGCUACCACGGCCCACCUACACCUCCUCACCACUCUUCGCCUUUCAAAGUGGAACACAACGAUCGCCGCUCCCUGGGACUUGAUAACGACCACGGCCGAGUUUCUUCAUACCAUCGGGAAACAAGAUAUGCAUAUGCCGAGCAAGCGCCCUCUCCUGCUCGCAGUGACUCGCAAGCUUCAACUGUUAGGUCGAACGGCCUCAACCCAACUCUUGGUACUAAGACUAUUACCUCCAACGAAACUCUCAACCCCGAGAAUCAUAUCAGCUUUGAGACAGAAGUCGAUGAGUUGAUGAGGGCCAUCCAACGUCGGGCAGACUUACAGGUUGAUGCUGGACAACAACCACUCACUCCUGGUAUGUCUCCUGUAUCCGAGGCAAGCCUGGAGAGUCAAGGAACACCAUCUCCUAUGGACUCCAAGACACCCCGAAAGCGAUAUCGCUGUGAUGGUCCCAGCUGCCAAAAGAGCUUUACUCAGAAGACUCAUCUCGACAUUCAUCGCCGAACACACACAGGCGCCAAGCCAUAUAACUGCGACUAUCCUGGCUGUGACCUGACUUUCUCUCAACUUGGAAACUUGAAAACACAUCGUCGCCGCCACACUGGCGAGCGUCCGUUUGCUUGUGACAAGUGCGAUCGACACUUUGCUCAGCGUGGCAAUCUUCGUGCGCACUUACAAACACAUCAGGGCCUCAAGCCCUUUGUUUGCAUCCUUGAUGACUGCAACAAGACUUUCUCACAGUUGGGCAACAUGAAGACACAUCAGAACAACUUCCACAAGAAGACGCUCAAGAAGCUCACCACGAGAUUCGCUGAGGUUCUCAACUCUGGUGAAGAUGUUCCUGAAGCCGACCGCGAGCUUUUCGAAUACUUUGCUACACACUAUAAGAACAGCAACAAGGGUAUCAAGGGUCGAGGCAAAGCUCGCACUGUGGCUGAGCGUAAGACAAAGGCAGUUCAGUCUCCGCGCUCCAACCCAUAUGCGAAUGCUCUUCAAUACCCUCUGCCCCAAAUCGCUUCUGCCCAACAGACACCAUCACCUAUCAUGCCUCAUGGACUUCCAAUUUCAGGUAGCCUUGCGUCCUACAGCGUGAGUCGUGGUCAUCCCAAUGCCAUUAGCCACAUACCUCGCGAGUCCCAGUCUCACAAUGGUGGCUACGAGAUGUACGAUAUGCAGGGAGGUCAUCACCACAUCCAGCCACCCAACAACGGUAUGCUCUACGAGAAUAGCCAUGCGCGUGAGAUGGGUUACAAUGAGCGCAUGUACUGA